AAUUGUUUGGCUUGGAAUGGAUCUUAGUUACUGCAUAAGCACUACUCAAAAACAGCAGAGGAAAUAUUGGCAGACAGGCUGAGAACGGGAAAGGGGGAUUUUUCUUUUAAAGAUAGCCUUGGUUUUUAAGGGACUUUCCCUGUUGGUGUGUGCGGAGCAGUGAAACCACCCGGUAAAUCCGAGCAGCUCCGCAGUGCCCGAGACAGAAAAACCCCGGAUCGCUCCAGCAGGACACGGCUCCUCUCUCCUGCCGGGAAGGCAGGUGGUAACCGGCCUCCAGCCCGAGAGCUGGACCAAGCAUCUCUCGGGGUCUCUGCGAGGGAGGAUAAAUCUCUGAGCGGUAGGGAAACGCCAGCCCGGGGUAAAGCACAGCCCGAUGGCUCAGGACGAGCCCAUUCCCAGCCCACGGCACGGGAAUGAAGUACGGUGGAGUCACCGGAGCGGGUGAUGGGCUGGCUCCCUGCGACACUGCAGGUGACAGACACCACAACCUCUGUACCCUGGAGGGGACGGGUCAGCGUCACCUCCGACCCUGCAGAGGCUGCGCUGGGCACCGCUCCCUGCGCUGCUGCGUCCCGGAGAGAAAAGGGACUGGGGGAGGCCGGGAGGCUGGAGCAGUGUUUGAGCAAUGCUGUAGCACUGGGGAAUGGAACACAGCACUGGUGAAUGAGUUCUGUCCCCUGUGAUGUAGGGCAAGCCGUGUUCCAAGUGUCCACAUCCCUAUUCCCACGCUGUGCCCAGUCGCAGCUGUACCCCAGCCUAGGCCGGCCCCAGCAGGAUGCCCAGCCCCGUUAGAGGGGAUGCUCAGCCCCCUCUGUGUCCGGUGAUCUGGGUGUCACCAUGCCCGAUCCUCCUGGAUGUCCCCGGCCCGGUUCCUUCUGGCAUCCUCAUAACUCGGGGUGUUCCCAGCUCCCCCAUUCCCGCUGCCUAAACGACCAUCGUGCCCGCUGGGUCUCAGGUCCCGGUACCCCGUGCCUGCUCCUGCUCUUCUGCAGCAAGGUCUCCCCCAUUCCCGAUGCUCCCCCGCAUCCAGGUUCCUCCCAGGGCUGGUGAGGACCGUGCCUGCUUCUCCCGACUCCUCCUCCCCAGUGCGCCCAUUCUUCCCUUACCCCGUGUCCCGUACUCCCGGAUCUCACAUCCCCGGUUCCUCCUGUCAUCCCCGGCUCCCUGCUCCCCUCAUUCCCGAUGCCCGCGGGUCCCCCGUGCCCGUUUUUCCCGGUUUCCCGGGUUACCCGGUGCCUCAAUGUCCCCUCUCCCCGGAGGUGUCCGGCGCUGCCAGGUGUUGCCCUGUGCCCGCUCCUCCUCCUCCCCACCCCGUGCCGUCCCUCCUCCCUCGGGAAAGCGAAAGCGCGGCGGGCGGAAGCCGAGCCCUCCCCCGGGCCGGUCUGGGCCGCACCGGGACCGCACCGGGACUGCACCGGGACCGUGCCGGGACCUCACCGGGACCGUGCCGGGACCGUGCUGGGACCGUGCCGGGACCUCACCGGGACCGCACCGGGACCGUGCCGGGACCGCACCGGGACUGCGCCGGGACCGUGCCGGGACCGUGCCGGGACCACCAUGGCUUCCAUCAGCAGCUUCUUGCGACGGAGCCUGCGGCGUGCCGGCCGCAGAGAAGGAAAGGACGGGGCCUCUGCUGCAGAAAACGCCACCCCACAGGUACCACAGGGGAAGCUGGGAGAGCGGAGCUCACUCUUCUGCUCUGCUGGACAGUUCUUCUUCGAGUACCUGGUGGUGGUGUCGCUGAAGAAGACGCCAGAUGGACACUAUGAACCCAAGAUAACCUACCAGUUCCCAAAGCGUGAGAACCUGCUGAAGGGCCAGAAGGAGGAGGAGGAACGUCUCCUCCAAGCCAUCCCCCUCUUCUGCUUCCCUGAUGGCAACAACUGGCUCCCUGUCACUGAGUUCAGCAGUGAAACCUUUUCCUUUGUCCUGACAAACGUGGAUGGCAGCAGGAAGAUCGGCUACUGCAGGCGGCUGCUGCCAUCUGGGCGUGGUGUCCGGCUCCCUGAGGUUUUCUGCAUCAUCAGCUGCCUGGGCUGCUUUGGGCUCUUCUCCAAGAUCCUGGACGAGGUGGAGAAGAGGCGCCAGAUCUCCAUGGCAGUGAUCUACCCCUUCAUGCAGGGCCUUCGGGAAUCGCCCUUUCCAGCUCCAGGGAAAACUGUCACAGUCAAAAGCUUCAUCCCCGAGUCGGGCACUGAGCUCAUCGAGCUCACCCGGCCCGUGGAUGCCCACCUGGAGCACGUGGAGUUCCAGGCUCUGCUCCAGAGACUCAGCCCUCACCUCAUCUUGCACAUCUUCGCCUCUGCCACGCUGGAGCGACGGCUCAUUUUCCUGGCUGAGGAGCUGAGUGUCCUGUCCCAGUGCAUUCACGCCGUGGCUGCUCUCCUGUACCCCUUCACCUGGGCUCACACCUACAUCCCCGUGGUCCCCGAGUGCCUGCUGGACACCGUGUGCUGCCCCACACCCUUCAUGGUUGGCAUCCAGAUGCGGCACCUGCAGCGGGUCCUGGAGCAGCCAAUGGAGGAGGUGGGAGAUGAGGAGGAGAUCCUGCCCGGGAAGCUGCAGAACGAGAUGCUGACGUCUCUGAACAGGCACAACAACAACAACAACGAGCACACCUCGGAGCAGCUGAAUGCCCUGGUGUCAGAAGCCUUUGUGCAUUUCUUUGUGCGGCUGCUGGGGCACUACAGCUCCCACAUCAAGUGGGGCAGGAGCGGCUCCGGCAGCUUCCAGGAACGAGCCUUCUGCAAGGCCAUUCCCUCCAAGAGCUGCCGCAGGUUCCUGAAAAAGUUUGUGAAGACCAACAUGUUUUCCCUGUUUAUUGAGGAGGCAGAGAAGAGCAGGAUCCCACAGGAAGCGUAUUUCCAGCAGAAAAUAAAGGAGUACCACGAACAGAAGAAGCACAGGAGGGACUCCUGAGGAGCAGGACUGGGACUGACACGUCCCUGCCAGCAGCACCACACUGGACACUGUUCCUGCCCACCCGGGCCUCCUGCACUGCCUGGGCAGCCCCACUGAGCACCAGUUCCACCCUUCCUUCCUCAGGGCAUCACUCAACUGGAAACUCUGCACAGAACUAGUGCCAGGCUGGGAUUUCUUUCCCAGUCGUGGUUGCUCCAGGAACAGGAGCAUCCUGUGACUCCUGGUGCUUGGCCCUUCACAGUUCCCCCAGCACCUCACGCAGAGGGAGGGCAGCCAGAGCUGGCUCAGGACAACAGGGGUUCACAGUGAUUAUUAGAAGGGGAAGAAAAGAGGAAUGAGUAGGAAAUAGCGUUACUUCUCAUUAAAACAAACCAGGGGUGUGUAAAUAAGGAACAUCCCAUUGCACAA